ACAUAAUCCAAAUUCCAACGGUACAUCAGACAUCUUCUUGUUCCUCCUCCUCUCCGAAAUUCGAAACUACCUACACAACCCUGUGUUUGGUAGCCUCAAAUACAUCCCCUUUUAAAGACUCAUCCAUAGAACCAAGCAAAAAUGAGAGCCUUCACCUUGUUCUUCACCCUCCCCAUCGUGUAUGCCGCAUCCCUUGGGAUGAGGGAAGAGCAGGGCAUCUCGACUUCUGAUGAACCGCUUUGCCCGCAAGGCAAAUGGGCCGAGGAAUGUCAAGUACAACAGUCGGCAUCAUCAACCCUGUUCGAAAGGUCCGUGGAGGUGGAGGCACGCGCCGGUGAAAGCGGAUCAUGGUGUUACAAGCCCGGGGCGGAGGCAUUCUGGGGCGCAGCCAGUGCAGCUUGCUGUAACGAGGUCAACGGCAGUAUGAGGAGCAAUCGCCGAUGCUACGGGCUCAAAGAUUCGAGAUAUAGGUGUAACAACUUCUACGUGUGUUGCAAGAACAAAUUCCGCUCGAAGAACAGACCCGGAAGGGACAGAUGUUACUAGGCUUGUUGUUCGAUGCUUUCGAGAUAGAUAAACAAGGGGUUGAUUUUGUGAGAAACCGUUGUUAGUGUUUUGUGGUUGUUGAACCUAUGGUUAUACUUUUGGUCUUUCACUUUUGUUUCUUGUUUUCACUUGCUGUUGUUCAUAUCUCUUUCUCACCUGUGUUUUCAGAGAUCAGUCAUUCGCUAGUUAUCAUUUAACAGCAAAACAAGGGACC